AUGACGGAAUUUCGCAAAGCCUCCGCUGCGGUUGAGACUGUUGAGAAGCUCAUCGAAGAACUGCAGGGAGAUGUGAAGCUGGCGGAGCAAGGUGAGUUGCCAGCUGAGUCGCACGCACGUUGGACAGAGGUAGAGAAGCAAUUCAACGAACUCUCCCCGGUAGCUGAGAAGAUGCAACGCCGAUGUGAUGCUCGAAGUGAACUGGAAAAGUUGAAGGAGGAGUUGCGAGCUCUUCUACCUCCAUGUUCGCCCGAAGAAUGCAUGAAAAAAGCGCAGGAACUGGUAGAUGGCCAGGUUUCCGGUUUCGAAUCAGUCCAAGAAAUCCUUUCCAAAGCCUUGGAUCUCGAAGCCACCGCAACGUAUGGUGUGAAAAUGGCCGAGAAGGUCCGUGAGUUGUUGCUGCGCCUGGCGAAGGCCCGGAGCUGCUUCGAGGCCCUGCGGCCUCAGCUGGAGCCCUUGGUGCGGCAGCUGGACCACCGGGCCGCGGCGUCGGAGGCGGAGCGCCACCGGCAACGGCAGGCGGAAGAGGAAGCGAAGGAACGGGAAGCGCAGGAAGCCGCCAGAAAGCCUCUUGAGGAACUGCUAUCAGACAACCAGAGAAAGAUGGAUGCCCAACGAGCAAUGGAAGAAGCUGCCUGGCUCAAACGAGAGGAAGAACUGCGACAGGAACAGGAGAAAGAAGCUGCCAGAUUGGCCGUUGAAGAUGCCUUGCUGCGAAUGGAAAAAGAGUCAGAUGUCAAGAUCUCAAAGCUUGGGGCCAAUGCUGCCUGUGCAGAGGCUUUGUCAUCGAUGUUGGCAGCUUCAAUGGGAGUUUAUCGAGGCAUCAUCGAAGGUCUUGAGAAUAUGGUCACUUCCAUUGCCGCGGAACCAGCAGACGUCCGCUUGCGACUGAUCCGAAUCCGAAACGAAGGCUUUCAGGAACGCCUUGGGCGCCAGCCCGGUGUUUGGCUGUUCCUGCGAGCACUGGGAUUUCAGGCCAUGAGCCGGGAGGAUUUGCCGACAGAUAUGGUUGCAAUGCUCAACUUGUCAUCCAGCCCCCCGCAGGAGCGUUUCUUGCUACUUCAGGAGCCUGAUAUGAUGAAUGCCUAUGAAGAGUGGACUCAAUGGCACAAACGAUUGCUGACAGUUGGGCAUUUUCUGCAAGAGCUUGGGAAACUGACCUUCCAACGAAUUGCACAUUUGGGUCGGCGUGGUGAUGAUGUUGCGGCCAGUGAAGUCUUAUCGGCCAAAGAGCUACUGUCUGGCUGGGAGAAUGCCAUUUCGAGCUGA